CGAAAUCGCAGCUGUUGAAGCAACUCACCACGAGCGGCGGCGACAAUGCCGGCUCGCUAUAUUCACAGUUCACCGACAAUCCGUUCUUUACUGCCGGCUUCGGACUCGCAGCGUUAGGAGUCGCAGCGCGAACAGGACAGAAAGGACUUCAACAUGGCACCGCGUUCCUACGACGACGAAUGCUCAUCGAUCUCGAGAUCACACGCCACGACGAUGCCUACCCUUGGCUCCUUCAAUGGAUGACCACGUAUCAUAGGGCGCAAUUGACCGGCGCCCAGCGCUCGACAGGCGCAUCAGCUGCGCCAAGUGGCCUGCUCACGAAAUUGCUCAACCGCAUCGAUCCUCGUAUGCACCAUCUCCAGGUUCGAACCUCGGCGCCCCAGGAUGGCCCAGCGCUCGCUGCGCACUUCUCCUUCGUUCCUGGCCCUGGCCGGCACUUCAUGCGCUACAAGAACGCAUUCCUACUUGUCGAUAGACAACGUACACGCGAUGCCUUCGAUAUGCGAGACGGUACACCCUUCGAAACGAUCAGCCUCACGACUUUGUACAGCCACCGCGGCGUGUUCGAGGAUAUCUUCGCUGAAGCACACCAACUUUACCAGCAGUCGCAAGAGGGUAAGACGGUCAUCUACAACUCCAUGGGCACUAGUUGGCAGCCAUUUGGACAACCAAAGCGCAAGCGUCCGUUGGACUCAGUGGUGUUGGAGGCAGGUGUAAAAGAGAGGAUCGUUGAGGAUAUGGAGGCUUUCAUCUCCUCGCGCGCAUGGUACCUCGACCGCGGCAUACCAUACAGGAGAGGCUAUCUGCUCUAUGGUCCUCCGGGAACAGGCAAGAGCUCGUUCAUUCAAGCUGUGGCAGGGCAUUUGGAUUUUAACAUUGCCAUUCUGAACGUCAGUGAGCGAGGUCUGACGGAUGACCGCCUGAAUCACCUGUUGACCAACGUGCCACGGCGGACUGUCGUACUCCUUGAAGACGUGGACGUUGCCUUCAUGAACCGAAAGACGCCGGGAGCAGAUGGCUUUGCUAGCGCGUCUGUAACAUUUUCUGGACUACUCAAUGCUCUGGACGGUGUUGCUAGUGCUGAAGAGCGCAUCAUCUUUCUCACGACUAACCACGUUGAAAGGUUGGACGAGGCCCUGGUGCGACCUGGACGCGUCGACAUGACUAUAAGACUCGGUGAAGCUACUGAGCAUCAGAUCGAGCAGCUAUGGGAUCGAUUCUACGCCGAGUUCGACGCGAACGGUGAAGCCAAGCAGAGAUUCAUGGCUAAGGUCAAGGAAUUGGGGUUGGCUGAGUCGGUGAGCACAGCAGCACUGCAAGGGCUCUUUCUGUAUAACAAGGACGAUGUCGAGGGUGCCAUUAGCAUGGUCUCAGGCCUCACCGCUGGUCACAGUCAACGUGAAGGCCAUGUGGGCAUCCCUGGACAUGUAGAUGUAAAAUAAGCGGGGUUGGCGACUGCAUGACAUCACACCGAUCUGUGUCAAUACAUCUGGCCCC